AUGGUUUUCGAGUCGCUUGUUGUAGAACUUAUCAAUAGGUACUUAGGCUCAUACAUAGAAGCACUGAAUGCAUCUCAACUAAAAAUUGGUCUACUUGGAGGAAAUGCUCAGCUUGACAACUUAGACAUCAAAGCUAAUGCUUUCGAUGAUUUGGAUUUACCUGUCAAAGUCUUGCAAGGUCACAUAAGUUCCUUAACUCUUAAAAUACCCUUCAAAAACCUGUUCACAGAACCUACUAUUGCUGAGUUAAAGGGGCUAUAUGUUCUCAUUGUCCCAAACAUAGCUGUGGAAUAUGACGAAGCAAAAGAAAAGCGCUACGCCAAAGAAUCGAAACAAAAGGAGCUAGUCAGUUUGGAGACAGCUCGUUUGAAACCUAAGCAUUCAAAUGACUCCAAAGCAGAUUCUUUCGGUGAAAAGUUGGCAGCACAGGUUAUCAAAAAUCUACAAAUUUCCAUCAAAGAUAUUCAUAUACGAUAUGAGGAUAGUUUUAGUAUCCCAAAUCGUACUUUCUCUCUUGGGCUAACCUUAAGUGAACUAACAUUUCAGACCGUUGACGCCGAUUUCACAGAAUUACAAAGUCUGGUGGCAGUUUGCAUACAACGCUGUUUUGGAGGAAAAAUAUCGAGAGAGUAUAUUGCAAUCUGGAGAAAAAAGCUGUCUGGAGAUAAACUCAGUCAGGCUCAGUUAGCUAAUUUAGAGGCAUAUGAAGAGUUUCUGGAUGUUUUCAAUAUUGUAUUAUGUCGACAACAAGCUGAACUUCAGUUUAAUGCUUCUAAACAGAAACAGGGUCAAAAAGCUAAUUCAAAGAGUGGUGGUUGGUUUAGUUGGUUUUCACGUGGUUCUGCCGUUGGGUCAGACGAUGUGGAAAGUUCGUCAGAAGGUGAUUUAAUGAAACGUUUGGAAACUGAAAUGACAUCAGAAGAAAAGGCACAUUUAUUUGCUGUUAUUGAUUAUUCAGAGUCAGCUGCGUCAGGUGUUUCUGGUUCUGCAAUUAAUUUCCCAAUAAGUUAUGUAUCAUCUUCUGUUGCUGUUACUUUAAGACAACUUAGUUUAGUACUUUUAGAUGAUAAAUUAAGUGAUCCUAAUGUGCUGAAAUUCUCCGUGAAUAAACUCACUGCCGAUGUUAAACAACGUGCAGGUGACCAAGCUUUAGCUGUCUCGUUACGAUUGGACAGUCUUGAAGCUUUAGGUGCUCAGCCAACAUUAAAAGAAUCUUAUCUUGCUAAAUCUUCAAUCAAGCCUGUUCUGAUAACAAGUCAUGUAAAUCAGUUACUAUCCGAUGGCAAUAACCAAGCCGGUACUACAUCGAAGCCCAGUCAUCUACUCUGUAUUGACUUUGAAAAGAAUCCUCUUGAUCGCAAAGCUGAUCAAUGUAUUUCAAUUCAAGCUGAUGCAUUACAAAUAGUUUACGAUGCUGAAACUGUCAAUAGAAUCGUUCAUUUCUUUACUCCACCAAAAGAUGUUUACCUACAAGAGUUAUCUAAUACAGUGUUGUCAUCUUUCGAAGAAGUUAAGGAAGUGACUACGACUGGUCUGAAACAUCUAGCCACUAAUCGAUCUUAUACAGAUGUUCAUAUUGACAUUAAACCAAGUUAUUUUAUAUUACCAGAUUCUGGGAUAUACAGAAGUGAUUGCCGUCUGUUGUUGGUAGAUCUUGGAAGUUUUACGGUUAAUUCAAGUCGUACAUCAGUUCCACCAGUGUGCAAAACAGUACGAGAUCAAGCUUCAUCAAAUGAUGAAAAUAAAAUGAUUCUACCGGAAAAACUGAUGCAAAAGAAUCCAUUUCGAAGAUUUCUGGUCAAUUGA